UAUCCCAACAAUCGACGGUGGAUCUCUCCCACCAACCAAAUUCGUGCCUUCUGAGAUCAUAUUAUACCCAAUUCUUGCUCCACAAAAAAAGGUUUUAUUAUUUUUUAUGGGCAAGAAGUCAAACAAGAGGGGAAAUCGCAAUUAGAGUGCAUAGGGUUUCCCUCACAAGCAGCCGUCUGUAAGGCUUCCCUUUUUCGUGUAGCUCAGGUGGACGUCAACCUAAGUGCUUUUCAUUAACGAUCAAGAAUUUGAUUUUAAUUCAUCUUAUUUUGGUCUAAAAAAUGGUGAAUUUCCAUUUACAAACACUAAAACUUGGAUUGAUUUUGGUUUGGCUAUGUGGGUUUAUCUUGAUUGCGAUUUCCUUCUAUUCCACUACUCAAAUAUUACCUUCUUCUUCUUCCUCCAUGAAAGAGCACAUCAAUAACCUCACUAGUUCAAGGAGGCCCACUGUUACAAUAUUUACAGCUGUUAGGCCUUUUAGUGGCUCAAUUGGGAGAAAACAAACUUUAGCAAUCAGAUCAUGGCUUGGUUUAUCACAAGACAUUAGGGUUGUUCUCUUUAGCAAAGACCCUUCUGUUUUCUCUUUUGCAGGUUCUUUUGGCUAUGGUUCUAGGGUUUCUGUAGAACCCACCAUUGAUUUCACAUUUUUAGGUACUCCAUUUUUUCACUCAAUGGUUGCAAGAGCACAAGCAUCAAAUUCUGAUAUAUCUGUCCUCAUGGAUUCUAAAACUAUUCUUUUACCAGACUUCUUUUCAACAUUAAGUUAUGUUCAUAAACUUGAUCAUGAUUGGCUCUUCAUUGCUUCAUCAAGAAACGUCUCGGAUUUCCCAUUUCACUUGGAUGUAGAUGGAAAACAUUGGCUAGGGGACAACAAUAAAAUGGUUAAAAUGGAAAAGUUGCAGGACUUUCUUUCUCAUGGGAAAUGGGAACAUUGUGAUGACAAGAAGACAAUCAUUGCUUGGAAUAAUGGAGAGCUUCCUUUACAUAAUGGAGUUCUUCCACCAUUUUUAUAUGGGAAAGGUUUCCACACCCUUUGGAUGAUCAACGAGGCUUUGUCUUCCAACUUUAGGUUUGUAUUUGAUGCCAGUUGGACAAUCUCAAGCUUCUUUAUCAAUAAUAUUUACAACAAUGCCACUAUAGAAGCAAGAAACUGGGAAAAUUUAGGAAAUUCCCAUUUGGGAGCUUUCUAUGGAUCAUUAUUCUUCCAUGAAGACCAUUACAAUUACUCCAACUUGAUCAAACUUUUCAAAUGCGACAAACAUUAUCAUUUUGGAAGCACUAUAGACAACAUAGUUUAUCCAUUGGGGGUAUUUCGGUCAAGUAAACAUACGAAGCUUUCUACUUGUUUCGACAAAUUAAAACCAAAGGGUAACACGGGUUGCUCAACAAAGAAUCAGUUGAUGUCAUUAGAACCGAUAUCACUUCCUUUCUCUUUAGAGCUUCUUCUAUCAACACGUGCUGACCAAAAUAAGACAAUUGUGUUAGCAGUUGCAGGAUAUAGUUAUAAAGAUAUGUUAAUGAGUUGGGUAUGUAGACUACACCUCCUUAAUGUCUCCAAUUUUGUGGUUUGUGCCCUUGACGAUGAAAUAUACGAUUUCUCUAUCUUGCAAGGAUUGCCUGUUUUUAGAGACAAAUUAGCUCCAAAUAACAUCAGCUAUGAUGACUGUCACUUUGGAACAAAUUGCUUUCAACGGGUAACUAAAGUAAAGUCAAGGGUAGUUUUGGAAAUUCUGAAGCUGGGAUAUAACUUGCUGAUGAGUGAUGUUGAUGUUUAUUGGUUUAAGAAUCCUUUGCCACUGCUUACUACUUUUGGUCCUGCAGUUUUCUUGGCUCAAUCAGAUGAGUACAAAAUCACAGGGCCAAUAAAUUUGCCUAGACGUCUAAAUUCUGGCUUUUAUUACGCACACUCAGAUAAUUCAACAAUUGCUGCUUUAGAGAAAGUAGUAAAACAUGCAUCUUUAUCAAAUCUUUCAGAGCAACCAAGUUUUUAUGAUACUUUAUGUGGGCUAAACGGAUCCAACCGUUUAGGUGAUGACAUGUGUCAUGAACCCGAAACAAAUCUAACCGUUCGUUUCUUGGAUAGAAACCUCUUCCCAAAUGGGGCCUACCAAGAUUUAUGGGACUCGAAUAACGUUUCAUCAACAUGCAUGAAAAAGGGUUGUUUUGUGCUUCAUAAUAAUUGGAUUAGUGGGAGACAAAAGAAGCUAGAACGCCAGGUGUCAUCUGGUCUUUGGGAGUAUGACAUCAGCAUGAGGAUGUGUUUGCAGACAUGGCAAAGAUCCAAAUCCAUAAGUUAUUUUUGAAUUAUAUUCUUUAAACAAGAUCAUUGUUUGAUAAGUUGGAUGGAUUUUCACAAAUCACAAAGAGACAUAGUGUUACAUUGGUUUUAUCAAAUGAGCCGGCUAUAGAAUAAGCAAAAAGAAGAAAAAACCAAAGGGAAAGAUUGAUUCUUUUAGUGGCUUAUAAUGUUGGAAAAAAUUGGUGUCAAAGGGAUUUUAGUUUCUUGAAAUGAUUAAGGGGUGUAUAGGUUUACUCUUUGGAGCCCAAUCAUUGGAAAAAGAUUCAAGAACACCACCAAAACAGGUGAAAGAUGGUUCCUUUUCAAUUGGGAGUAGCCAAAAAUCAAGGGAAUUUUGUGUAAGAGUUGUUCAUGCAGGUGGAAAAGAAGAUCUUUAUGAAAAACCGGUUUCUGUUUUUCAAAUAAUGAAAAGAUAUCCAGGUAUGAUUGUUGCUUGGCCUGAAAUUUUCAAGAAUCCUCAUGAAGCUGUUUUGUCAUCAAGUGAGCUGCUUUUGCCUGGGCGAAAGUACUAUUUAGUCCCUGUGACAACAUUAAAGAAGUUGAAAAAGAAACACUCCUCCAAGAAGAAAAAGUCAACAGGGAAAAAGGGUCAAAGUCAAACCGUUCCUCCAGAUGAGUCUGAUGAUUCUGUGUGUUCAGCUAAGGAUUACUAUGUAUCCAAGGAGAAGUGGUCAAGAUUUUUGGUCAAGAAACACAUUCGGUCAAACAAACAACCAGUUGUGAAGUCAAAGUCAUGGAGGGGAGGAUCUGAUUGGGAGCCGAGUUUGACAUCCAUUCAAGAACUCUCUCCUUGAAGACAUGAUGAAAUCGGUAUGUAGUUUAUAUCUGUUAUUGUGAAACUUUUUCAUCUUUGCUUUUAUGAUUCUAAACCACUAAUGAUGUUGUUGUAGUUAUUGCUUUUGCAAUGUCCUUGUCACCCGUUUUCUAGUUCUAUGAAGUUUUAUGUUUUGGAAUG